UAUCGUCUAAAGCGCACUGGCUUCUCUCGGUGCAUCUAUUUGUUCGAAGAGUGUUCAGUAAUGCGAAAUCAACGAAUUUCUUUCGAGACUCUCUUGCAAGCUAUCGCGAAUACUCAGAUUCUUGAUGGCUUUGACAUAGUGACUAGUAAAAAUGCAACUAAUACUGUGCACUUGCUGGCUGCUAUGACUCGAGCUUUAAAAGCCUCACAAAUCGCCUUGAGUUUGUAA